AUGCCCCCCGCCCCCGCCCCCGCUCCACCAGUCUCCUCGAGUCCAUGCCCCGCGCCCCCGCCCCCGCUCCACCAGUCUCCUCGAGUCCAUGCCCCGCGCCCCCGCCACCGCUCCACCAGUCUCCUCGAGUCCAUGCCCCGCGCCCCCGCCCCCGCUCCACCAGUCUCCUCGAGUCCAUGCCCCCCGCCCCCGCUCCACCAUAUUCCUCGAGUCCAUGCCCCCCGCCCCCGCCCCCGCUCCACCAGUCUCCUCGAGUCCAUGCCCCCCGCCCCCGCUCCACCAUAUUCCUCGAGUCCAUGCCCCGCGCCCCCGCCCCCGCUCCACCAGUCUCCUCGAGUCCAUGCCACGCGCCCCCGCCCCCGCUCCACCAGUCUCCUCGAGUCCAUGCCCCCCGCCCCCGCUCCACCAUAUUCCUCGAGUCCAUGCCCCGCGCCCCCGCCCCCGCUCCACCAGUCUCCUCGAGUCCAUGCCCCCCGCCCCCGCUCCACCAUAUUCCUCGAGUCCAUGCCCCGCGCCCCCGCCCCCGCUCCACCAGUCUCCUCGAGUCCAUGCCCCGCGCCCCCGCCCCCGCUCCACCAGUCUCCUCGAGUCCAUGCCCCCCGCCCCCGCCCCCGCUCCACCAGUCUCCUCGAGUCCAUGCCCCGCGCCCCCGCCCCCGCUCCACCAGUCUCCUCGAGUCCAUGCCCCGCGCCCCCGCCACCGCUCCACCAGUCUCCUCGAGUCCAUGCCCCGCGCCCCCGCCCCCGCUCCACCAGUCUCCUCGAGUCCAUGCCCCGCGCCCCCCCGCCCCCCGCUCCACCAUAUUCCUCGAGUCCAUGCUGUUGA